AAUGGGUCUCACAGAUGCUUUUAACUAUCAGAGGAACAUAUUUGUUCUUGAUCCAGAUAGUAAACCUUUGGAAGUGCCAAGCUCUACCCAAAAUCCAGCACAAGAUUUGGCCGUGAGUGAGGGUUUGAAGGAUGCGAUUGAUGAAGUUGCCAAGAAUGUACUUCAUGAAGCUGGCAAAGAAGUGCAUGACGAAGCUGUGAAGGAAACUCCACCAAUGCAAUCUCCAAAACAACUGCAAACAGAAAUUCCCCUGGCUCCUCCAUUGGAAACUCAAAAUGCAGAAUGCCCCCAGGAACCACUAACAGAGGCUCAUAAUACAGAGUUCCACAGGGAACCCCCAACAGAAGCUCGAAAUAGUGAAUUUCACCAGGAGCCACCAAUAGAAACUCGGAUUGAAGUUUCCAAAGAAGCUGAUACUAUAUCCAAUAGCCAUGAACGGAAGACGAAGAUUAAAAUCAAGGUUAAACAAUCUUCUGCAGCCAGUCGAGCUGAUACUGAUAAUCAAAUAGCGGAACGAUCUUUAGGCGCCGGUCGUAAUGAUAUUGAUCAUGGGCCUACAAGUUCGGUUUCAGUGGAUGCACCCCCGAGGAAUUGUGCAGAGACUAUAAGCACUGGUCAUCACAAUAUUGAGGAAGUUAAUUCCUGGCACGACCGUGGUUCACGCAUGACUGCUAGCAUAGGUAGUGCAAAAAUUGUGAGUGACGGCGAUGAAUUAGUCAAAGAAUUACAAUGCACCGCCGACUCAAGUGUGGUUUAUUCGCACCCUUUGCCAGAGGAUCCAUCAUCAUCUAGCAUUAUCCAGGACAACAACAUAGACGCUGAUGCACGGCGAUAUGCAAGCCUCCAGACUCUCUCAAUCGCACGGCGUGACCCUGAUGAAGACUCAUUGAGAAAAGAAGCUUCGGGCCGUGGGAAAGAAAAGCACAAAAGCAAAGAAAAGAAACGGAAGCGGGAGGAUCAUAAGGAUCACAAGGGACGGCACCAUGAUGACCCAGAAUAUCUAGAGCGAAAAAGGUUGAAGAAAGAGAAGAAACGCAAGGAAAAAGAAUUGGCAAAACUGCGGAGUGAAGAAGCAAAAAGAUCCUCUCUGGAAAAUUCAAGUAAGAAAGAAGAACCUCCUCAGCCGAAACCUGUUGUACCCAGUGGAUAUAAUAAUAAUAAUUCUAGGAUAGCAGAGGUCAGAAGGGUUGAAUCCAAACCCGAGACAUCAGAAGGUAUAUCAUCUGGUGCUCCAAAACUUCGAAUUAAAUAUAAAAACCAAAUGCUUGGUAAGUCUUAAGAGAAUUACAUUUGUAGAAUGAAUAUUUUUGUUUUUUGUUUUAUUUUAUUUUGUUUUUUCAUGUGUAAUUAUCCCGGCGGACUAGUAGACAUUUUAGGCACUUACCAUUAUUGAUUCAAUGAGCUUUAAUUGUUUGUUC